AAGGAAACAGAGAAGAAAACAAAAUAAUUCAAAAAGAAAAUCACGAGAAAACGGUGCAUCUAUACAUACACCUAUACUUACACAAAUAUUUACAGCUUAUUUUUCGAAGCUGUAACAUACACGUAUAGCAGCUCAUUCGUUAAUUCAUCAUUUCUGUUAAAUAUUUUCAUUUCAUUUUAUUCGUUGUUAUUGUUUUGUGUUGUUGAUCUGUUGGAGCUGUGAUUGAAGCGGUUGAGUUGAAGAUCUGAUCGAGCUGAGCUGCGGAGAUAUGGUUGUCUUGGCCAGCUUAGGGAUCGGAUCUUUUGUCUGGGUUGAGGAUCCGGACGAUGCUUGGAUAGACGGGGAAGUUGUAGGUGUCAAUGGAGAGAAAAUUGAAGUUCUUUGCACUUCAGGGAAGACGGUGGUGGUUAGUUCUUCCAAUGUCUACCCCAAGGAUGCUGAAGCACCGCCAUGCGGAGUGGAUGAUAUGACAAAACUUGCUUAUUUGCAUGAGCCAGGGGUUUUAAGUAAUUUAAAAUCUAGAUAUGAUAUCAAUGAAAUAUAUACUUACACAGGAAACAUUUUAAUUGCUGUAAAUCCUUUUAGAAGAUUACCACAUUUGUAUGAUAGCCACAUGAUGGCACAGUAUAAAGGUGCUGCCUUUGGUGAGCUAAGUCCUCACCCAUUUGCUGUUGCUGAUGCAGCAUACAGAGUUAUGAUCAAUGAGGGUAUCAGUCAGUCGAUUUUGGUUAGUGGUGAGAGUGGGGCUGGUAAAACCGAAAGCACAAAGCUGCUUAUGCAUUAUCUGGCUUAUAUGGGAGGAAGAGCAUCGACUGGGGGAAGGUCAGUUGAGCAGAAAGUCCUAGAGUCCAAUCCUGUCCUAGAAGCUUUUGGCAAUGCAAAAACUGUCAGAAACAAUAACUCUAGUCGAUUCGGGAAGUUUGUUGAGAUUCAGUUCGAUCAGAAGGGAAGGAUUUCAGGAGCUGCUAUCAGAACUUAUCUAUUGGAAAGAUCCCGUGUUUGUCAACUCUCUGACCCUGAAAGGAACUAUCACUGUUUUUACAUGCUUUGUGCUGCACCACAAGAGGAGCUCCAGAGGUACAAGUUGGGAAAUCCAAGAACAUUUCAUUAUCUUAACCAAUCAAAUUGCUAUGAGAUAGAUGGAUUGGAUGAAUAUAAAGAAUAUGAGGCAACAAAAAGGGCAAUGGAUGUUGUUGGAAUCAGCAGUGAGGAGCAGGAAGCAAUUUUUCGAGUUGUGGCUGCAAUACUCCAUCUAGGUAACAUUGAAUUUGCGAAAGGAUUGGAAAUGGACUCAUCUGUGCCCAAAGAUGAUAAAUCGUGGUUCCAUCUAAGAACUGCAGCUGAAUUAUUCAUGUGUGACAUUAAGGCUUUGGAGGAUUCCCUCUGCAAACGCGUUAUAGUGACCCGUGAUGAAACCAUCACCAAGUGGUUGGACCCAGAUUCUGCAGUCACGAGUAGAGAUGCAUUGGCGAAAGUCGUGUACUCGCGAUUAUUUGACUGGCUUGUGGAUAAGAUAAAUAGUUCAAUUGGCCAAGAUCAUGACUCAAAAUACUUAAUCGGGGUGCUUGAUAUUUAUGGAUUUGAAAGUUUCAAGACAAACAGUUUUGAGCAAUUUUGCAUCAACUUGACAAAUGAGAAACUUCAACAACACUUUAAUCAGCAUGUUUUUAAAAUGGAGCAAGAGGAAUAUACCAAAGAAGAAAUUAACUGGAGCUAUAUUGAAUUCAUUGAUAAUCAAGAUAUAUUAGAUCUCAUUGAAAAGAAACCAGGUGGCAUUAUAGCUCUUCUGGAUGAAGCUUGCAUGUUUCCAAGGUCAACUCAUGAAACAUUUGCCCAAAAGCUCUACCAGACGUUUAAGAACCACAAUCGAUUCAGCAAGCCUAAACUCUCUCGUUCUGAUUUCACCAUUGGCCAUUAUGCUGGUGAUGUCACUUAUCAAACGGAUCUGUUUCUGGACAAAAACAAAGAUUAUGUUGUAGCUGAACAUCAAUCACUCCUAAAUGCAUCCUCCUGUUCAUUCGUGUCAAGUUUGUUUCCACCAUCCGAGGAUUCCUCGAAAUCCUCAAAGUUCUCCUCUAUAGGAUCGCGUUUCAAGCAACAACUGCAAUCAUUGCUUGAAACCCUCAGUUCAACUGAGCCUCAUUACAUCCGAUGUGUAAAGCCUAAUAAUCUUCUCAAGCCAGCUAUAUUUGAGAACCAUAAUGUUUUACAACAACUACGUUGUGGGGGAGUCAUGGAGGCAAUCAGAAUAAGCUGUGCUGGAUAUCCUACUAGAAAACCGUUUUAUGAAUUUGUGGACCGUUUUGGGAUCCUUGCUCCUGGAGUUUUAACCGGAAGUUCGGAUGAGAUUAAAGCUUGCAAGAGUCUUCUGGAAAAGGUGGGACUUGAAGGUUAUCAGAUUGGUAAAACAAAAGUAUUUCUAAGAGCUGGUCAGAUGGCCGAGCUGGAUGCUCGCAGAAUUGAGGUUUUAGGAAGAUCGGCUAGCAUUAUUCAGAGGAAAAUUCGUUCGUACAUGGCUCAAAAAAGCUUUAUUUUGUUGCGUCAGUCUGUUUUGCAGAUCCAAUCUGUGUGCAGAGGAGAACUUGCUCGGCAUAUCUAUGGUGGCAUGCGGAGAGAAUCCUCUAGCAUAAUAAUCCAAAGGAAUUUGCGUAUGCAUCUUGCUAGAAAAGCUUAUCAAGAUCUGUGCUGUUCCGCCAUUUGCAUUCAGACAGGUAUCCGAGGAAUGGCUGCACGUAGUGAUCUUCACUUCAGGAGACAGACCAAAGCAGCAAUUAUAAUUCAGAGCCACUGCCGUAAAUUUUUAGCACACAUGCACUAUCAGGAGCUGAUGAAAGCUGCCAUUACCACACAAUGUGCAUGGAGAGGAAAAGUCGCUCGUAAAGAGUUGCGAGCACUUAAGAUGGCUGCAAAGGAAACCGGUGCUCUCCAAGCUGCCAAGAAUAAAUUAGAGAAGCAAGUUGAGGAACUGACAUGGCGCCUACAGCUGGAGAAACGAAUGAGGGCUGAUCUGGAAGAAGCGAAAACACAAGAAAAUAUCAAAUUACAAUCUGCUUUGCAAGAUGUGCAACUUCAGUUUAAGGAAGCUAAAGAUUUGCUGAUAAAAGAACGUGAGGCUGCCAAAAAUUUAGCAGAACAAGCCCCUGUCAUACAGGAAGUCCCAGUUAUUGAUCAAGGGCUGAUGGAUAAGCUUGCUGCUGAAAAUGAGAAUUUGAAGAUUAUGGUCAGCUCUCUUGAAGUGAGAAUUGGCGAAACAGAGAAAAAAUAUGAAGAGACAAGUAAACUUAGUGAGGAGAGGUUAAAGCAGGCCUUAGAGGCAGAGUCUAAGCUAGUUCAGUUAAAGACGGCUAUGCACAGGCUCGAGGAGAAAGUAUCUGACAUGAAAGCUGAGAACCAAAGCCUUCGCCAAGAAUUGUCAAGUUCACCUGUUAAACGAGGGAUAGAAUAUCCAUCAGUUCCACCAACUAAGAAUUUAGAGAAUGGAAACAUUGUAUCUGAAGAUAGCAGAUUCAGUGAACAACCUGGUACACCUGCUAAGAUUAUGGGAACUGAGUCUGAUAGUAACUUGAAGAGACCCCCAGUUGAUCGUCAACAUGAGAAUGUUGAUGCUCUUAUUGACUGUGUCAUGAAAGAUGUCGGGUUCAGUCAAGGUAAACCUGUUGCUGCCUUUACAAUUUACAAAUGUCUUGUACACUGGAAGUCUUUAGAAGCUGAAAAGACUAGUGUGUUUGAUCGUCUCAUUCAGAUGAUUGGUUCAGCAAUAGAGGAUCAAGAUAACAACGAGCACAUGGCAUAUUGGCUGUCGAAUACAUCCACAUUAUUAUUUUUGCUUCAAAGAAGCUUAAAGCCUACUGGUGCUCCUGGUGGAAGUUCAGCACGAAAACCACCACAGCCGACAUCGCUUUUUGGAAGAAUGACAAUGGGAUUUCGCUCGUCCCCUUCUUCUGUUAACCUUGCUGCCGCCGCCGCCGCUGCACUUGAGGGAGUGCGGCAAGUUGAGGCCAAAUAUCCAGCGUUGCUUUUUAAGCAGCAACUCACGGCAUAUGUUGAGAAAAUAUAUGGCAUAAUACGAGAUAACUUGAAGAAAGAGCUGGGAUUGUUUCUUUCUCUGUGUAUCCAGGCACCAAGAACAUCCAAGGGAGGUGCACUAAGAUCUGGACGUUCUUUUGGCAAAGAUUCUCCUACAAAUCACUGGCAGAGCAUUAUUGAUUGUCUCAACACUCUUCUCAGUACACUGAAAGAAAAUUUUGUACCGCCCAUCAUUGUUCAGAAGAUAUUCGCUCAAGUAUUCUCGUAUAUUAAUGUACAGCUCUUUAACAGUCUUUUACUACGUCGUGAGUGUUGCACAUUCAGCAAUGGGGAGUAUGUAAAAUCUGGGUUGGCAGAGCUAGAGCAGUGGUGCUGCCAAGCAAAAGAGGAGUAUGCAGGCUCGGCUUGGGAUGAACUUAAGCAUAUUCGACAGUCUGUUGGAUUCUUGGUUAUACAUCAGAAAUACAGAAUUUCUUAUGACGAGAUCACUAAUGAUCUGUGCCCGAUCCUAAGUGUCCAGCAGCUGUACAGAAUAUGCACUCUGUAUUGGGAUGAUAACUACAAUACUCGAAGUGUAUCAACUGAUGUCAUCUCGAGCAUGAGGAUACUAAUGACUGAGGACUCGAACGAUGCUGCCAGCAAUUCUUUUCUAUUGGAUGACAAUUCCAGCAUACCCUUCUCAGUCGAAGACCUUUCCAGUUCAUUGCAAGUGAAGGAUUUCUUGGAUGUCAAACCUGCGACUGAUCUUCUUGAGAAUUUAGCCUUUCAGUUUUUGCACGAGUAAGGUUAAAAGAUGAUCAAGCUGCUUUUAUUACAUAUGCCAAGGUACAGAAAAUUAAAUAUACUUAGCCGGAAUAUAUUGUUGUUGUAGAUCCAUUCUUUGUUACGGUACAAUAUUAUUUUCUGUUAUCCCUGCCCUCGCUGUAUACCAUUCUUUUGAUUUUGUAUUUUAAAAUUUAUUACCAAGUGGGGGCAGGGGCUCUGCUGGUUCAAGUGUGCAGUGCAUCUUGUUUUAUAUUUUUUGGUUCUAUCAUGCUGGGAGCAUUCUUUUUAGUGAUAUAGGAGGCAAGCAUUUUGUCAUAGAUAGUCCGGUUGAAAGUUUUGUUCACCUCUUCACCAAUAUACAUUUUGUUUUGUAAAUGAAUCAAGAAUAUUAAUGGACAACUAUAUGAAGUAUUUUUUUAAUUCUUUA